AUGGCGUCGGCGGCUGUGGAGAGCUUUGUGACCAAGCAGUUGGACCUGCUGGAGCUCGAGAGGGACGCGGAGGUCGAGGAGCGCAGGGCCUGGCAGGAAAAUGUCUCUCUGAAAGAACUCCAGAGCCGAGGCGUCUGCUUGCUGAAGCUGCAGGUAUCCAGCCAGCGGACCGGGCUGUACGGACGGUUGCUGGUCACCUUUGAGCCCAGGAGAUGCAUGUCUGCAGCUGUGCUUCCCAGUAACAGCUUUAUUUCCGGUGACAUAGUGGGUCUGUAUGAGGAAGGCAGUCAGCUGGCCACUGGGAUCCUGACCCGGAUCACCCAGCAAUUGGUCACCGUGGCCUUUGACGAGUCCCAUGAUUUCCGGUUGAGUUUGGACCGAGAGCAUUCCUACAGGCUGUUAAAACUUGCUAACGACAUCACUUAUAAGCGACUGAAAAAAACUCUGAUCACCCUGAAGAAGUACCAUUCUGGCCCCGCGUCCUCGCUCACGGAGGUCCUCUUCGGUGGAUCGGACCCCAGCCCUGCCAGUGACAUACCCCCCCUGACUUUCUACAACGUCACUCUGGACGCCUCCCAGCAGGAAGCGGUCUGGUUCGCGCUGUCCCAGAAGGAACUCGCCAUCAUCCAUGGGCCUCCCGGCACCGGGAAGACCACCACUGUGGUUGAAAUCAUUCUCCAAGCUGUGAAACAGGGCUCAAAGGUUCUGUGCUGCGCCCCCUCUAACAUCGCCGUGGACAACCUGGUCGAGCAGCUGGCCCAGUGGAAGCAGAGGCUCCUGCGCCUUGGGCACCCUGCACGGCUCCUGGAGUCUGUCCAGCAGCAUUCCCUGGACGCGGUCUUGGCGCGGGGUGACGGCACCCGGAUUGUGGCUGACAUCAGGAAGGACAUCGACCAGGUCUUGGCAAAAAGCAAAAAGACCCAGAAUAAAAGAGAGAAAAGUAAUUUUCGAAAUGAAAUCAAGGUGUUAAGGAAGGAGCUGAAGGAAAGGGAGGAAGCAGCCAUGCUGGAGAGCCUGGUAGCGGCCAAUGUGGUCCUCGCGACAAACACAGGUGCCUCUUCGGACGGCCCCCUGAAGCUGCUGCCAGAUGGCCACUUCGACAUGGUGGUCAUUGACGAGUGUGCCCAGGCCCUGGAGGCCAGCUGCUGGAUCCCCCUACUGAAGGCCAGGAAAUGCGUCCUGGCCGGAGACCACAAACAGCUGCCCCCCACCAUCUUCUCUCACAAGGCUGCGCUGGCGGGGCUGUCACUGAGCCUGAUGGAGCGCCUGGCGGAAGGGCAUGGCGCCAGGUCGGUACGGAUGCUGAGCGUGCAGUACCGCAUGCACCAGGCCAUCGCGCGCUGGGCCUCGGAGGCCCUGUACCAUGGACAGCUCACGACCCACCCUUCCGUGGCCGGGCACCUCCUGCGGGAUCUCCCGGGAGUGGCUGCCACAGAGGAGACGGGUGUCCCCCUGCUGCUGCUGGACACGGCCGGCUGCGGGUUGUUUGAGCUGGAGGACGAGGAUGAGCAGUCUAAAGGGAACCCCGGUGAAGUGCGCCUCGUCAGUCUGCACGUCCAGGCGCUGGUGGACGCCGGUGUCCAGGCCGGCGACAUUGCCGUCAUCACGCCGUACAACCUGCAGGUGGACCUGCUCAGACAGAGCCUCACACACAGGCACCCGGAGCUCGAGAUUAAGUCUGUCGACGGCUUCCAGGGCCGAGAGAAGGAGGCUGUGAUCCUGUCCUUCGUCAGAUCCAACAGGAAAGGUGAGGUUGGCUUCCUCGCCGAGAACCGGCGCAUCAACGUGGCUGUCACCCGCGCCCGGCGGCACGUGGCCGUGGUCUGCGAUUCCCACACCGUCAGCAGCCACGCCUUCCUGAAGACGCUGGUGGAUUACUUCACAGAGCACGGGGAGGCGCGCACAGCCUUUGAGUAUCUCGAUGACAUCGUCCCUGAAAACUACUCCCGUGAGGGUGCCCAGGGCCCUGGCCAGGCCGGCGCGAAGACCCAUGGCUCUGCUGCGAUGGCCAGGAGGGCUUCCGGGAGCAGGCAGCCCACGGGGGCCGCGCUGGGUCGGAAGGAGCCGGGCACGGCGCCUUUGUCCUCCGAGGCCCAGCCUCAGCCCAGCCUCAACAGAGGCGGCCGGGAGGGGGCCAGGAGCAGAGAUGGCACAGAGCAAUUCAGGGCCGUGAUAACGGAGUUCGUGGCGAGUGAGAAGACACAGCUAGAGUUCCCUGCCUCCCUGGAUUCGCAAGACAGGAUGUGGGUCCAUCAGAUCGCGGAAGAGUACGGGCUGAGGCACGAAAGUGCCGGGGAGGGGAAGGAACGGUUCAUCACCGUGAGCAAGAGGGUCCCAGCGGCCCCUGCGGCUCCAGCAACCCCGGCAGGGCCUGGCAGCAAAGCCCCUCUGUGUCCAGAGCCCCCCAGCCCUGCGCAGACAGAGCCCGCCAUCGGGGAGCAGAGCAGCCGGGGCCAGCCGGACCUGAAGGCGCUGCACCUGGACAGACUGCAGAGGGUGGAGAGCCAGCAGGAGCAGCGGGCCACAGGCUCCGGGCCGCGGAAGUUACCAGAAAAGAAAAAGAAGAAUAGAGCAGACGGACCCAUGGCCGUAGAUCUGCCAGCCGGGGAGGACUUUGACGCCCUGGUCUCGGCCGCCAUCAAGGCUGACAACACUUGUGGCCUCACCAAGUGCACAGCCAGCGUCGUAACCCUGGGCCAGCUCUGUCUGCACUGCGGCCGCCGUUACUGCCUCAGCCACCACCUGCCCGAGAUCCACGGCUGCGGGGAGAGGGCUCACGCCCAUGCGCGGCAGAGGAUUAGCCGGGAGGGGGUCCUCUACGCCGGCAGCGGGACCAAGGACAGGUCCCUGGACCCUGCCAAGAGGGCCCAGCUGCAGAGGAGGCUGGACAAUAAGCUGGACCAGCUGACCGGCCAGCGGAGGGGCAAGAGGAAGGAGAAGGGGAAGUGA